AAAUGCCUCUUCUUUUUUUAAUUUCAAAUAUCAAAACCCAAAAACCAUAGCAAACCAACAACCACUGCGCGAGGUCCUCCGACCUCCGCGCCUCUCCGAUCACCACCACCACCGGCCUACGCCAUCAUCAGCCAUGUCUGAUAAUUCUCACGACCAAGAUCCUCCUCUCCAAGACCAUGCCUCUGCCUCCUACUCUGCUCUCCCUCUCCACAUGGUCUUUCGUCCCGUCGCGCACGAUCCACACGCGCCGCCUCCCCUUUCCCUCCACAAGCAGCGAUCGUGGUCUCCGGACGCUUACAGAGACGAAGCUUGGCUGAGGAGAAAGAAGAGCAACAAUAGGAAGAAGCAGAGGAGCAAGAGCGUUACUGACGAAGACGUUGACGAGCUCAAAGCCUGUAUCGAACUCGGAUUCGGAUUCGACUCUCCUGAGGCCGAUCAUCAACGACUCUCCGAUACUUUACCAGCUCUUGGUCUCUAUUACGCCGUCAACAAACACUACUACGAUUCUCUCUCCAAACCGUUUACUCUCCCUCCUCCUCCUCCUCCUCCACCGCCGCCGCCGCCUCCGCCGCUUCCUCCGAUGACGUUAACAGCGUCUACGUCAUCAACAGCUUCGGAUUGCGAAACUCCGUCUCCUUCUGGAAGUCCUCACACCAUGUUUGGACCUGAUGAUACGCCCCAAACAGUGAAAACAAGGCUAAGGCAGUGGGCUCAGGUGGUUGCUUGUUCGGUUCGACAAUGCUCUUAGUUGAUUAAUUGAUGAUGAUGAUCGUAAUAAAGCUAAAACCAAACAGAGAAAUCAGAGCGAAUAAUCCCGAACCAAACCAGAGUUAUCAUCGUAACCAAACACAUCAACAUCUUAUGUUAUAUACCUGCUUUGAUUGAUAUGAUUCUCCCAACCCAUUCCCCACACACCCACCCACCCACUACUUUUGUUUGGGAUAAUAAUAUCUCAAAAAAAAAAUCAUGGAGGAGAUUGAGAUUGAAAUUGAAACUAAAUUUCGAAUUUUAUUAAUUUCAUUUUCAAAAAAAAAAAAGUAUUAAUGGGAUGGAACCAACCUACCUUUGAUUGACAUUUUGCUGUGUCUUCUUUUGUGGUUUUGAUUUUGGAUUAAUUGGUAAUAUGGUGGUAAUAUUGUUACUGUAUUAUUUUAUUAAAUUUAGAUUACUAUAGAUUUGGUGUCAAAAAUGUAGAAAAAAAAACUUAUGUAUCUGAUUGAAUUAGGGUCUCUUUUUUUUUUUUUUUUGAAUUUGAAAUUUCUGUUUGUAAUAUUUUUUGUUCUUUAAAUUAAAAGAAAAAAAAAAGGUGGUGGUUUAAGGAGAGGUGGAUUAUAACAGAAA